AAUAUUUUACAAACUACUGAACCUGAAAGUAGUAUCUCCACUGAUAAUAAUAACAAUAAAACUCCAGUUAUUAUGGACAUUGAUUCUCUUUCACUUGACAAAGAAAACAGUAAAGAAGUUUUGGCAAAUGAAAUAACUCAAGUUAUCACUCUCAACUAA